AUGGCUUUCUCUGUGACUCUCGGAUUGCUGCUGCUGACUCUCGGAUUUGCUGUGGAUUUGCAGGAGCUCGAAACGAAGAUCUCGGGUCCCAAAGAGGAUCUCUUGAGGGGCCUCCUGUGGCCCAGCGCAUGGCCGUUGCGGUCCGAGCACCUACAGAGGAUGGACGAGUCCGAGGACCAAGAGUUCUAUGGCCAAGCGCGGCUGGUGACCCACAUCGACGAUGCCGCCAUUGGUGCACUCCGCCGGUACUAUGAAGUGCAUUUUCAUGCAGGGGCUGCUGUGUUGGAUCUCUGCUCUUCGUGGAUCAGCCAUUUUCCAGCUGUGCGUUUAGCUCGCGCCGUGGGCAUUGGCAUGAACGCUGACGAACUGGCGCGGAACGAACAGCUCACCGAGUGGACUGUGAAGGAUUUGAACAAGGACCCGACGUUGAACUUUGAAGACGAGACCUUUGACUUUGUGGUGAAUGCAGUGAGUGUGGAUUAUUUGGUGCACCCUCUGGAGAUCUUCAAGGAGAUGUUGCGGGUGUUGAAACCUGGUGGUAUGGCGAUCAUGGGCUUCAGCAACCGCUUCUUCGGCACCAAAGCCAUCAAACUUUGGCUGGAGAUCAGUGAGCUCCAACGAUGUCAGGUGGUCUCAUGGUAUUUCCACUUCGCGGGCUUCCGACAAAUUCGUGCCAAGGAAAUCACGGCGAAGGGGGGCCGCGAUCCGAUGUACGUCGUUGAGGGCGUGAAGGCCCCCAUUUCCGACGAGCUUUGAUCCGAUCAGGACGAUCCGAUUGUUCCAGUCAUGUGCUUCCGCAUGCCGCACUCGCAUCAACGUGUGGAACCUGGAGACAAUGUGGAGGAGCAGUUUCCUGUGAAAGUUUCGUCAAACUGUCCAUGCUGGGUGCACAAACUUUGCUACAGCUCAUGGCUCAUGGCUCAUGGCUCAAGCCAUGCACAGGGUGUGAGUUUUCUGCUGCGCGCUGAUUAGCACUAUGCCACUGGGUUCAAACAUUCACGCCAACAUCCUCCGACCAUAUAUGCGAGCCCAAUGCGGAGAUUUUGGCGGCCGCUCCCCAGCUCGGCUUUGACAUGUUUCUGUUUGGAGGUUGAUGGAAGUUGGCGGAGCUGUUUGGAAGACAUGUUCAAUACAUUUUCAAGUUUCAAGAUGUUUCAAGUAGAUUUGGGGCUCAUCAAGGCACCAGGGAGGUGCCGGAGUGGAGCUUGCGAGGAUUGCGAGGAUUGUGAACGAUUAGUGUCCCAAACUCUGGAAAGCGAUAUGGUGAACUACUUCAAAAGGCGAUGCGGCGAUGCCUGUUCUUCGAGACUGCCUUUGUA